UUUCGAACACAAAUGUCAAUUUUGACAUUUCAAAAUGUCGAACAUCCGUUUAUGUCCCCGUCCUUUUCUUUCCUUUUCUUUCUUUGACAACUGAAUUUCGUCAAGAUGGUGAAUGUACCAAAACAAAGACGUACCUUCUGCAAAAAAUGCAAGGUCCACAAGUUACACAAAGUAACACAGUACAAAAAAUCCAAGGAGCGUAAAUUUGCCCAGGGCAGAAGACGUUACGACAGGAAACAACAAGGUUUUGGUGGUCAAACAAAACCCAUCUUCAGGAAGAAGGCAAAGACAACCAAAAAGAUUGUCCUGCGUAUGGAAUGUACUGAGUGCAAGUACCGCAAGCAAACUCCACUCAAACGUUGCAAACAUUUCGAGUUGGGAGGAGACAAGAAGAGGAAGGGACAAAUGAUUCAGUUCUAGAUUAAUAUAAAACUUAUUUUAUAUUAAUUCGUUCUUCUGCUUUUUUUAAUUAAUUAAAAGAAAAAAACUACAAAA